AUGUCUAAACGCCGCGUGGCCUAUUAUUACGAUAAUGAUGUUGGUCUAUUCUCAUAUGGUACAUGGCACGCCAUGAAGCCUCACCGAAUACGUAUGACGCACGACCUUGUAUCGACCUAUGGAAUGCUAGACAAGAUGCAGGUUCUUCGACCACGGCGUGCGACUUCCGAAAAUAUGACUGCGUUUCAUUCCGACGAAUAUAUCCACUUCCUUAACCGAGUAACGCCUGAUUCAGCAUUAGAGCUGACAGGCCAGGGGACACGCUUCCUUCUUGGUGAAGAUAAUCCCGCAUUUGAGGGCGUCUUCGAGUUCUGUUCAAUUUCUGCCGGAGGGUCCAUUGAUGCAGCGAAGCGUGUCGCAGAUGGUUCAGCCGAUAUUGCAAUAAACUGGGCUGGAGGGCUGCAUCAUGCCAAAAAGAGUGAAGCUUCAGGCUUUUGCUACGUUAACGAUAUCGUUCUGUGCAUUCUCGAACUCUUGCGAACCUAUCCACGAGUGCUGUAUAUCGACAUUGACAUCCAUCAUGGUGACGGAGUCGAAGAGGCCUUUUACACGACCGAUCGAGUCUUCACUUGUUCUUUCCAUAAAUUCGGGGAAUAUUUUCCGGGGACCGGCCAUGUCGAUGACUACGGGAAAGGCAAAGGGCUGGGAUAUUGCGUUAACGUACCACUUCGUGAUGGCAUGGACAAUGAGUCUUUCAAAUCUGUCUUUGAGCCAAUUGUCCAACGAAUCCUCGAUUGGUAUCGACCCUCCGUUGUUGUCCUCCAGUGUGGUGCAGAUUCUCUUGCUGGUGAUAAACUCGGUGUCUUCAAUCUUAGCAUGGAAGGUCAUGCUAACUGUGUCCAAUACCUUCGUGACUCUGGCAUACCGCUUGUUCUUCUGGGUGGAGGAGGAUAUACCAUCAAGAACGUAUGCCGAACGUGGGCAUACGAAACGGCCUGCGCACUCAACAUUGAAGAUACCAUCGACAGGAACUUGCCAUGGACUGAGCACUUUGAGUGGUUCGGUCCAAGAUACCAACUUGAAGUACUGUCGAACAACAUGAUGGACAUGAAUCCCAUAGAUGGAUAUCUUGAUAACAUAAAGGAUCAGGUCUUCAAGCAGAUGGCGAAUUUACCCUUUGCACCGUCGGUCCAGAUGCAUGAAGUACCUGGAGAAGGACUUGCAGAGCAUCUUGGCCUGUCGGAAAUGGUUCUUGCACAACAUGAGGACGCUGAUGAAAUUGAUCACGAGCUCGGAGGUGAGUUGAUAUAG